CGCGAGGAGGGGGAUGCGUUGUCCUCGGUGUGGUACUGUCCGAAAAAAUAAACCCAGCGCCAAAACGUUACACGUGGUGAACACUCGCAAAGGAUAAACUAAAUACACAAGCGACCUCUGCUGCUGUAUUAGCUUGGGGGUUUAAUCGAGAAGGAAACCUCUUAAAAGUGUGAUUGACACCAAGCAGGUGUGUGCAGCUGUAAACAAGGCAUCAUAUAGGCGUCUCUCAGGGUUCAUAGUCAUGAGAGAAGGGGCAUCUGGAGACCUCACUGGUUUGGAGCUGGAGGGAGGGAUUGAGACAGAGGAGACGCCGGUGAACACGCUUGAGAGGUCAGCAGAGGAGGAGGGAACCACCACCAGGAGGAAGAAGAAAAAGAAAAAGAAAGAGAUCAUCUACCGCUCUGACCUGGAGGUGGAGGAUGCUGGGGAGGGGUCCUCGGCGGAUGUGGAUGGAGCCUUCAGUCCUCCACUUGAUGAAGAAGAAGAGGAUAUCCCUCCUGACAGCCGUUUUGUGACCUUGACUGGCACCAUCACACGGGGAAAGCGGAAAGGCCAAAUGGUAGACAUCUACAUGACGCUUACAGACAAAGAGCUGAGAGACAUGGCGCGCUCCAAAGAGCGUCUAGAUGCAGAGUGUGACGGGGUUGCGGAAGCCAAGCAGAAACCCUGUGCGCUGGGGGUCAGCCAGGGCCCUCAUGUUCUCCUCUGGAGCCUUUCCUGCUCCCCAUUCAUCUUCCUCCUCUCCUUCAUAACAUCGUUUUACUAUGGGACACUCACCUGGUACAAUGUCUUCCUGGUUUACAAUGAGGAACGCAGCUUUCUGCACAAGAUCACAGUGUGUCCCUUGCUCAUUCUGUUCUAUCCGGUGCUGAUCAUGACGUUGUGCGUCUGUAUGGGGGUGUACGCCGCUGUGACCCAGCUGUCCUGGGUUUUUGGAGAAUGGUGGUUGGCGGUGAGGGACCUGGAGAAGGGCUUCUGUGGCUGGAUGUGUGGUAAGCUGGGGCUGGAGGACUGUGCUCCGUACAAUGUAGUUGAGCUGCUGGACUCUGACACUCUGUCCGGGACCCUCCAGGGGAAGAGGAUGGAAGAUGUUGAGCACACUUCUACUUUGUGAACUUGAAAAGAUGGAAUAACUUUUUGAUUUAAGUAAUGUUUUUGGUUAAUACAAGUUACGUUCUGUCAAUGGCAUCUGUGGCAUACUGCUGAAAAAGAUCAUUUUGACUUGGAUAGGAUAUGUCUCCAGACUUUUCAGUCAACAAGUUUUAAGAUAAAAAUGAGUCAAAAUGAUUUUGACAGCAUUUAACGUGUUUUCAAGCCUGAGCAUUCAUAUUAAAGGGUUAGUUCACCCAAAAAA